AUGUCUGAGAUAUAUGAUCUACUGCUACACUUCCUGUACGAUUUUGGUAACCAGACGACUGUGUAUGCAUACGAUUCAAUUUCCAUUCAAUUCCAGAUUCAAUUGCCAGAUCAUCCUUGUUUGAAAAUGAGCAAGCAAUUCGGAGCCAAGAAACUAAAAUCGGCUUUAACGAAGCCGAAAACGGUUUUUACGUUUGCCUCUAGCGAGGAGCGAAAGAAACGAAUUGCAGCACGAACGCGUCAGAUGAACAUCCCGGUACCCAUAGAUUUGGAGAAGCUGAUAGACGAAAGGAUUAAGCUACUAAAGGAUAACAGUUUCGUUUUUCUUACUUAUGCAUACUCGAAAAACAGCGAGCUUUUUACGCCCUACAGUUUUUUGGAGGUUCCAUUUAGCAAAGCAGAUAAGCACGAAUAUUUUACUGUGAGUCGUCAUGGGGUAACCUAUUGGAGCGAUGCUGAAAACCACUUUACUGAGCUCGGCGCCUGGCUAUCGGAUUAUCGAAAGUAUCGUAAACUCACAGAUCUAGGCUUUUUCAAACACUAUCGUAGCGGAAAAGCAUUUCGCAUAUGGCUACGCAACAUUCAGUGGUACAAAUACGAGAAUGCCCGCCAAAAAAUCGCAUCUACUGCCUUCAUCGCGCUUCCUCGUCUGGCUAGGGCGCUGCUGACGAUGCAAGAAGAGUUUGUGCAGUUGGUGGGGUUUCGAUUUUUCGACGUAUCGGUAUCAGAGAAUUGGCAUCUGCCUUACUUCAUUGAAACUCAAAUGACUACCUUCGAGCAGGUGCGGGAUUUCCUUCACCAGUUGCGUGAAAAAAUGCGAAAUGUGCUAUAUGAAACGAUUAACGUGUCUAAUAAAAAGAAGUUGAAAGACAUGAUGAGCUUUACGGAACGAGCGAAUAAGCGCAAAUUGUGCGCCUUGUUGGCCAGAUUUCUUGCCUGCGCCGACCAGAUAAUGAUUACACUUCUCCAUCAAAUUUUGCGAGAGUCCUUCAAAAAUUUGGCAAGUGUUUUCUCAAACUUCAUGGAAGCCUUUUUGUCGAAUGAGUGCUCUCAGAGCUUAAGAGCACCGUUCAUGAAUGUAGAAUUAGUUCUCAAACCUUCGCGUAUCGAUCUUGAUCCUUCACGUGAAGUCACCACACGAAUGUUAGAGGAUCUUAGCAAUCUAGUCAUGCGGACUGUCUACAAAAUCGAUCGUUUUCAAAACGAUACUUUCUUCGACGUCUAUACGGAACCGACAAUAAUGGGACGAAAGGAAGACCGUCUGUGUGGAAACCCUCCAAGUCUGGAUUUUAUUAUCCGAAACGAUAUACAGCUAUCAAAUAACAUCAAAUUAAUAUUUGAUGGAAUUAUCGAAGCGUACAACAAUGUCGAUCAAUAUGUUGUGCAAUUCGAACGUAUUCGCUUGUCGUACCAGGAAAAUAUGGCAGUUGAUCAUGGCAUUAUCCGGGGGGAAACCAAUCUGGAGGUACUGAAAAUGUACUGUGAGCGAUUCAGCAACCAGAUGGCAGAGUUAGAGCAAAUCCAAGAGUCUCAUCCAUUAGGAUUGCUCCAAGUAAAGCAGAUCGCCUUCCGGGACGAAAUCACUCCCAUUUGUCAACAACUGCUGGCAGUGUUAGAUGAAACUAUCCCUCGGUUAGCAAUGGAGAAAAUCAAUUAUGUCGAACAAAAGGGAGAGGAAUUACAGACAAAGCUUUUAAUUGUUCCAGAAGAAACAAAUCACUAUAUCUACUAUUUCAAUCAUCUGGAAGUAUGCCAAGAGUACGUGGCUAGCUUGAAAAAGGAGCUGAACUACGCCUAUGAUGCGUUAAAAAUCAUGAAAAAUUAUAGUAUUGCAUUGUCGAAUGAAGAUAAAGAUAAAUAUUUAGACAUGGAGGAAUUUUUAGAUGAAAUCAGUACAACGUUAGAAAGCAAACGAUCCCAAAAACAGGAUUUGAUCAACAAAUUCGAUCUAUGCCUACAGGCCGAUAUAACAAAAAUAUUCUCCGAAGUCGAAGAUAUUCAAGAAAAAGUUUUAAAGGAAUGGCUACUUGAUCUAGGGUCAGAUCCAGCGCAGGUACGCGAUUGUUUGAUUGAUCAAUCCGAACGAUUGACAAUGUGCCAACGGAAAGCACAGGAGUACAAAAAGUACCAAAAAGAAUUCCGCUUGGAAGUGACAAGGUUCGUAAAGCUUGAUCAGGUUAUUAACGAGGUAAAAUUGCGCCAAAUCCUAUGGGAUAGUGUGCAACAGUGGAAAGAAUCGGUGGAAAUAUGGAACGAAAUACACUUCCACGAGCUAAGUAUGGACGAGGUGGAAGCACUCAAUACAAAAAUAUUGAAAAAUUGUGCUAUGCUUGAUAAGAAUCUUCCCAAAAAUGAUAUUAUUCCAAAACUGAAGGCAGAAGCCGAAGAAUUCAAAGAUAAAAUACCAGUGCUUGGGUUUUUACGUAACCCAGCUCUCAAAACACGACACUGGAUUAAGAUUGAACAGAUACUAAACCGCCAUCUGACCGAGGAGACAGAAAUCUAUUUACACACCUUCGAAGAUGCAAAUGCAUUUGAGGAAGAAGUGGCGGCCGAGCUGAUGGAAGUAUCAAAUAUGGCUAGUGCUGAGGCAGGCUUGGAAACGCUGUUAAACAAGGUCGAGAACGCUUGGAAAGAGUUAGAACUGACCGUAAUUAAUCAUCGCGAUCAUCGGGAUGUGUUUGUGUUGGCAGGAAUCGAUGAGAUACAAACGAUUCUGGAUGAGUCUAGUAUAAACGUUAGCACCGUGGCAGCUUCGAGACACGUUGGACCCAUUAAACCAAAGGUGGACGAUUGGGUAAAUCAGUUAGAUCUUUUCUCGCGAACACUUGAUGAAUGGAUGCAAUGCCAGCAGUCCUGGAUUUACUUGGAGGCCAUAUUUUCUGCUCCAGAUAUUCAACGCCAACUUCCACACGAAACGCAGAUGUUUUUGCAGGUGGAUAAAGCAUGGAAGGAUCUGAUGCGACGCACUCAGAAAGCUCCAUUAGCUCUUGGGGCGAUGACGGCAGAGGGCGUAUUAGAACAACUUCAAAUAAAUAACGUACUAUUAGAAAAAGUUACACGGUGCUUGGAAGCAUACUUAGAAGUGAAACGGAUGGCUUUUCCGCGAUUCUAUUUUUUGUCUAAUGAUGAGUUGUUGGAAAUAUUGGCACAAACAAAAAAUCCAUAUGCCGUACAACCUCACUUGUCCAAAUGCUUUGAUGCUAUUGCGAAGAUCGAAUUUGGUAAGAAAAAAACCGAGACAGGAGAAUCGAUCAUGACCAACGACAUUAUUGCGAUGAUAUCACCAGAAGGUGAGCGAUUAACCUUCGGCGUUGGCCUUAAGGCACGUGGAGCGGUGGAAGAUUGGCUUUCGAAAGUGGAAGAAGCAAUGUUUUUGGCAGUUAAGCGAUAUAUGCGCCAUGGCUUUCGUUUAUACGGACUCAAAGAUCGUUCGUUCUGGAUGCAGGAGCAUCCGAAUCAGGUAGUAUUAACCAUCUCCCAGCAGCAAUGGGCCACCGACGUUCACAACAUCCUUGACGGCGGAGGCAACGUUGACAAAGGGUUGGAAGAAUUUCAUGAUAAAUUGACGAAAAAUUUAACCGAGCUAGCUGCGAUUGCUCGAACCAAAAUUUCCAAACUAGUGCGUAAGGUGUUAUGCGCUUUGAUCACGAUAGAUGUACAUGCUCGUGACAUGAUAGCAGGGAUGGUUGCAAAAAGAAUUCAAAAAUCGACCGAUUUUGAAUGGCUUAAAAUGCUACGAUAUUACUGGAUGCCAGAAACGGAGGUAGUUGAAACGAAAAUGGCCUCUGCAAAUUUGCCUUACUUCUACGAGUAUCUCGGUGCGGGAGGAGUACUUGUAAUAACACCACUUACCGAUCGGUGCUAUCUCUGUUUGAUGGGUGCGCUGCAAAUGGAUUUAGGAGGCGCUCCAGCAGGACCUGCCGGAACAGGGAAAACUGAAACGACAAAAGACCUUGCAAAGGCUCUUGCUAUACAAUGUGUGGUCUUCAACUGCUCCGAUGGAUUGGACUACAAAAUGAUGGGUCGUUUUUUUACCGGUCUUGCCCAGUCUGGUGCAUGGUGCUGCUUUGACGAAUUUAAUCGCAUUGAUAUUGAGGUGCUUUCCGUUAUCGCUCAACAACUUAUAACCAUUCGUAAUGCAAAAGCCUCGAAAAUGAAACGAUUUCUCUUCGAGGGCCGCGAAAUUCGAUUGAAACCAUCGUGUGCCGCAUUCAUCACUAUGAAUCCGGGAUAUGCCGGCAGAACGGAGCUACCGGAUAACCUGAAAGCUCUAUUUCGGCCGAUAUCUAUGAUGGUUCCUGAUUAUGCUCUUAUCGCUGAGGUAAUCCUAUACUCCGAAGGAUUCGAGGGAUCUAAGAUAUUGGCCAAAAAGAUGGUACAAAUGUACAAGUUGUGCAGUGAACAGCUUAGUCAGCAAGAUCAUUAUGACUUUGGUAUGCGGGCCGUAAAGAGCGUGCUCGUAAUGGCCGGUGCGCUGAAACGCGCCUCACCUGAUCAACCAGAAAAUGUGACACUUAUCUCAGCCUUGCGUGAUUCAAACUUACCUAAAUUUUUGGCCAACGACGCGGAUCUUUUUAAUGGCAUAUUAGGUGAUUUAUUUCCGGGCGUGGAACUGCCAGAACCCGAACGUGGAGAUCUACAAAACGCGAUUGAGCAAUGUAUGAGAGACCGUAACCUGCAACCAGUACCAGAAUUAGUGCUAAAAACGCUACAGCUCUUCGAAACGAUGGUGGUUCGCUGGGGUGUAAUGCUAGUUGGGCCUACCGGUAGUGGCAAAACAACGGUACUACAUAUUUUGGCCAAUGCAUUUGAAAAACUCUACUCCGACGAAAUUCCCGGACCAUUAUAUCGUCCAGUACGCACUCAAACACUUAAUCCAAAAGCCAUCUCUAUGGACGAACUGUAUGGCUGCGUAAACUUAGCCACAAUGGAGUGGCGUGAUGGAUUGCUUGGAUUAGCAAUUCGAUCAGCAGUGGGUGUAACAGACGAAAUUCAUCAGUGGGUUGUAUGCGACGGUCCCGUCGACGCAGUUUGGAUUGAAAAUCUUAACACGGUACUCGAUGACAACAAAAUGCUAUGCUUGGCAAACUCCGAACGUAUCAAGCUCACCAGCUGGGUGCAUAUGGUUUUCGAGGUGCAGGAUCUAGCACAGGCUUCCCCAGCAACGGUUUCAAGAUGUGGAAUGGUAUACAUGGAUCCCGUACACCUUGGAUGGUCGUCGAUAGUAAAAUCCUGGCUUAACACAGUUCAACACCUGCACUUGGAUGGUGAUCUGAAUGCUUACAUACUAUCGCUGUAUGAGCGACACUAUGAGGCCAUUACUAAAUUCCUACAACGAAACUGUAAGUGGAGUAUACAUCAGGUCAACAUCAGUAAACUGAUGAUGAUGUGUAAGCUGCUCUAUUUGCUGCUGCAAGAAACACAAGGACUGCACUUAAUGGAACGGGGAGAAGCUAAGCAUUAUGUCUUUAAAAUGUUUACAUGGAGCAUGCUGUGGUCUUUUGCUGGUAAUUUAUUGGACGAUUCCAAAGCGCAGUUUGAGCAAUAUUACCGAACUCUGCAGAAUCAAGAGGAACUGGGGCUUUUACCCAAAGAUACGUUGUGGGAUUUCCGAAUUAACACAAAAACUCGCACUUGGGAAAGCUGGAACGCAAUUCACCCUAAGUUUUUCUACAACUCUUCUGUACCUUAUUUCGAUCUGUUGGUACCAACUCUUGACACUACCAAGUAUGGCUUCGUUGCAGAAAUGCUACUUCAGCAUCAAUGUCCAAUAAUGUUCACCGGCGAUACAGGAGUUGGAAAAUCAGUACUUGCGCGAGAAAUUCUCAACAGACUAAUGCAGCGCGAUGUGAUACCAAUGUUUGUCAAUUUUUCCGCACAAAGUGAAAGCGCCCGAACACAAGAGAUCAUAGAAUCGCGCCUCGAACGACGCAAAAAGACGUUGCUUGGAGCUCCCAUCAACAAGAAAAUUGUGGUAUUUAUAGAUGAUGUUAAUAUGCCCAAAUUGGAUAGAUAUGGAAGCCAACCACCGAUAGAGCUUCUACGCCAGUUUGCCGACUUCCGAGGAGUUUACGAUCGCGAGAAAAUGUAUUGGAAGGAUAUCGUGGACGUUACGCUGGGAGCUGCAUGUGCUCCGCCAGGAGGAGGUCGCAACGUAUUAACAGCAAGAUUCAUUAGGCAUUUCGCGCUUUUCUCUUUGCCCUCACCAAACAGUGCAACAUUGAAAACUAUCUUUAAAGCUAUUAUGACAGGUUUUUUGAACGAUUUCAACAUGUCCAUUCGACCACUGGCCGAAUCUAUCGUCGAAACAGCCGUCGCUGUAUAUGAGCGUAUAUCAGCCGAGCUGCUGCCAACACCGAAGAAGUCACACUAUGUCUUCAAUCUUCGUGAUCUCUCCAAAUGCGUCCAGGGAGUGCUGCAAGCGGAUUCAUCGAGCUACACUAAUCCGAUGCAGUUGAUGCGAUUGUUUUAUCACGAGUCGUCCCGCAUAUUCUAUGACCGGCUUAUCAACGAGGAGGACAAGACAUAUUUCAAGCAAUUGCUUCAGGAUUGCUGCGAGAAGUAUUUCGAAACCACUGUUGUACAGCCUGAAGAAACGGUUAUGUUCGGAGACUUUAUGGUUUUUGGCCAGGCAGCGGAAGAUCGCGUUUACGAAGAAAUUAAGGAGACCAAAAAAUUGAAAUCGAUCCUGGUAGACUAUCUGGAAGAUUACAAUGGAACGGUGGGAACAGAGAUGAAUUUGGUAUUUUUUGCCGAUGCCAUUGAACAUAUAGUUCGUUUGGCGCGAUUGCUACGUUCAGAACGAGGGAACGGUUUGCUUGUAGGCGUAUCCGGUAUGGGAAAACAGAGUCUUGCAAAACUAGCCGCUCAUAUCAACGGAUACCAGUGUCAUCAGAUUGCUCUCCGAAGAGGUUACGACCACAGUUGCUUCCAUGAAGAUCUGCGCCGCAUCUAUUGGAUUGCCGGAGUGUUAAAUAAGGCAACAGUCUUCCUGAUCACCGACACGCAAAUUGUACAGGAAGCAUUCAUGGAGGACAUAAACAACAUACUGAACUCGGGCGAGGUACCAAACCUCUUUGAGGGUGAUGAAUACGAGAAAAUAAUUUUGAAUACAAGGCAACCAUGCAUUGAGAGUGGGUAUCCAAAUCAAACUCGGGACGGCAUAUAUGAGUUCUUCGUUAAACGUGUAAGGGCUAACUUACAUGUUAUUAUGUGCAUGAGUCCAGUCGGUGACACUUUCCGGAGUCGAUGUCGUAUGUUUCCUUCGCUGGUAAAUUGUUGCACAAUUGAUUGGUUUGUAAAGUGGCCAGAUGAAGCAUUACGCAGCGUGGCGGUCGGUUCAUUGAAAGAUGUCUCAGAUAAUGAAGUACAGUGCAAACACUUGGCUCAGAUCUGCGUUAUGAUACACGAAAGUGUUGAAAGCAUAUCAGAACGGUUCUAUCGCGAAAUGAGGCGCCAUUACUAUACCACUCCUAGCAGCUAUCUACAGCUUCUAAACCAAUAUCGUGUACUUGUACAGAAACGAGUGGACUCGAUCGUUCAGAAAAAAGAUCGUAUCGCAAAUGGAUUAAGCAAAAUUCUCGAAACCAAUCAGGUGGUGGCAGAAAUGGGAGAAGAGUUGAAAAAGUUUGUGCCUAUUCUAGAAGAAAAAUCGAAAAACAUGAAAGAACUCUUGGCCAAGCUUGACAAAGAUAAUGCCAUGGCGGAAAGUGUAAAGAAAAGCGUAGCGAAAGAUGAGGCCGAAGCCAAAGUAAAGGCAGCCGAAACACAGGAGAUCGCCGAUGAAGCAGCAAAAGACUUGGAGAUUGUUCUACCGACACUACAAGCUGCGCAAGAUGCACUGAAAUCGCUAAAUAAAAACGAUAUAAAUGAGCUUCGAGUGUUUCAGAAGCCUCCAAAAUUGGUGCAGUUUGUAAUGGAAGCAGUGUGCAUUCUACUCGGUGCCAAGACUGACUGGAAUACCGCAAAGGUAGUAAUGUCUGAUGUGAACUUUUUGAAGAAGCUAGAAGACUACGAUAAGGAACACAUACCUGAGGCAACUAUUAAGAAAAUAAAAACAUACGUUGAUCACAAGGACUUUCAACCAGCGACUAUUGAAAAAGUGUCUAAGGUAGCGAAAUCGAUGUGUUUGUGGGUGAUUGCGAUAGAAAAAUACGCCAAAAUUUACAAGGUAGUCGAACCAAAAAUCAAACGGCAAAAGGCCGCCGAACAGGAGCUGGGUGAGGUGAUGCAAUUGCUCAAAUCAAAACAGAGUGAGCUGGCCGAAAUAGAAGCAAAAAUAACCAUGCUUAUGGCAAAUCUGGAGGAGAAAAAGCGCGAAAUGAAACUGUUGCAGGAUCACAAUGAUCUUACAAGCGCUCGAUUGAAUCGUGCCGGUAGACUCACGUCAGCACUUGCUGACGAAGAAGUCCGUUGGCGCGAAACGGUAAAGCAACUGACGGCUGAACACUUCGCAGUUCCUGGUGAUGUCCUGGUGGCAUCCGCGUACGUUGCUUAUUUGGGGGCUUUUCCAAUUGACUACCGACGCACAUUAUCCGAUAUUUGGGUUUCGGAAUGUAAGCGGUUGAACAUUCCAAGUAGCCCUACCUUUAAUUUGGUUCAGAUCCUCGGAGAUUCUUACCAGAUACGUCAGUGGAACAUGUUCGGGUUACCAAGGGAUGAAAUAUCGGUUGAAAACGGCAUCAUCGCAACGGAAGGCGGUCGCUGGCCGCUGAUGAUAGAUCCGCAGGAACAAGCAAACCGAUGGAUAAGAAAUAUGGAGUCGCGUAACGAAUUACGAAUCAUCAAGCUUACCGAUGGAAAUAUGAUGAGAAUUUUGGAAAUUUGCAUUCGUCAAGGAUUUCCAAUGCUGAUUGAGGAUGUACAAGAAACAUUAGAUCCAGUCUUGGGACCAGUUUUAAUGAAACAAGUCUUUCUCCAAAACGGUCGACUUAUGAUUAAGCUUGGUGAUGUGGAUGUGGAUUACGAUAGCAGCUUUCGACUUUAUAUGACAACGAAACUUCCUAAUCCCCACUUUUUGCCUGAAAUUUGUAUCCAAGUUAGUUUGGUGAAUUUUCUUGUUUCUAGAAGUGGACUCGAGGACCAGUUGCUGGCAGAAAUCAUUAAGAUUGAACUACCAGAAAUGGAGAAACAACGCAACGAUUUGAUUACCACCAUAAACGCGGAUAAGCAGCAGUUAUUGUUGCUUGAAGACAAGAUAUUGAAAGUCCUGUACAGCUCCCAAGGAAACAUUUUAGACGACGAAGAGCUUGUGGAAUCUUUAAACGAAUCGAAAGAAAUGUCAACUAUCAUUGCUGAUCGUUUGAUAGAAACUGAACGUACGGAACUGAAUAUUGCGGCCACUCGCGAAAAAUAUCGCAUUCUUGCUGCUCGUGGUGCGAUUCUAUACUUCGUGGUUGCAUCACUAUCAGAAAUUGAUCCAAUGUACCAGUUCAGUCUCCGAUACUUUACACAAGUUUACUGUUCAGUGAUCGAACAGCCGCACACCAGGAUGGAGCUUCCAGAACGUUUGGCAACUUUGCUAGAGGACAUCACUUUUACAACAUUUGCCAACAUCUGUAGAGGGUUGUUCGAGAAACAUAAGUUGAUCUGUGGAUUUUUGGUAGCUUUCGCUAUUUGCAAGGAAACCCAACAAUUUUCCGACGAAGAGUUUAGUUUUAUCGUGCGUGGACCAUCGCAGAGAAAAUUUUCCCUGGAAGGAAAACCUCACUUUCUGAGCGACAAUCAGUGGAUAGCUUGCUGUUUCCUCGAGAUGCAUGACCGAACUAAAUUUUACGAGCUCACCAAACAGCUGCACCGGUCUUUAAUAAUUGCAAUCGAAGAUUUCCAAGAGGAUCUUUGCCUCGCACCUAGUCCGCAGCCGGGAACUGUUGAUUGGAAUGCACGAUUAUCAAUGUCAGAAAAACUCAUGCUUGUUGCCGCAUUGAAGGACGAGUUCUUGGUGAUUGCUGUAACUGAAUUUAUUCGCCAUUCACUUGGUAAACGGUAUACAGAGCCAGCAAAAAAUACGAGCCUAGCGUCGUUGUAUGCCGACAUUUCACCAACCAUUCCGCUAGUGUUUGUUCUAUCGGCGGGAUCCGAUCCUAUGACGGCCUUGAUUAAGUUCGCCCAGGAAAGAGAUUGUGUUGAGAAACUUCAUUCGAUUUCACUCGGACAAGGACAAGGACCAGCUGCUGAAGCUCUAAUUGAAGCAGGAACAAAGUCAGGGCACUGGGUAUUUCUGCAAAACUGUCAUCUUGCAACUUCCUGGAUGGAAGCGAUGGAAAAGAUCGUCAACCGCAUCGCGAUGGGAUUGCAAACGGUUGAUACUAAUUUUCGUUUAUUCUUGUCUUCGAUGCCCGUUCGUACUUUCCCAAUUAGUGUGUUGCAAAACUCAGUCAAAGUGACAAACGAGCCUCCAAAAGGAUUGCGGUCGAACCUUGUGAGAUCACUUACUGAACUGGAUCACAAUUGGUUCGAAUUUCAUGUACUAGGAGCUCAAUGGCGGGCGCUCGUUUUCGGGCUGUGCAUGUUCCACGGUGUCAUUCUUGAACGACGAAAGUUCGGUCCGCUCGGUUGGAACAUAACCUACGAGUUUAGCGAAAGUGAUCGUGAAUGCGCUCUCCGUACCUUGGACAUCUACUGUGAUCGAGAGCUACAAGCAGCUAUACCAUGGGAUGCGCUCGAGUAUAUAAACGGUGAAAUAACGUACGGAGGACGCGUAACAGACGUAUGGGAUCAAAGAUGCUUGCGAUCGGUACUAAAGCGAUUCUCAUCUUCAGCAAUUUUGGCAGACAAGUACACGUAUAGUGCGAGUGGUCUCUAUCGCUGCCCGGAUGGAGAUGACACACGCAAGAUCCACGAGUACUUGCAAUACGUAGGGCAGCUUCCGAUCCACGAUCCUCCUGAUAUUUUUGGAAUGCACGAGAACGCUAAUAUCAUAUUCAAUCGCAAUGAAACACGAUUCUUUCUUGAUACGCUGCUGGAAAGCCAAUCGGGUGGAGAUGCCCUAGGUGAAGAAGCGAUGGCGGCCAUGGACAAAAUGUGUCUGGAUAAGAUAUAUUCCAUCAGAAAGGCGGUUGCGCCUGUUAUUGGCUAUGAUGAACUGCACCCCACUUUGCUGCAACGAGAUGCAAAAAAACGCAUUCCUUCUCUAACGACGGUUCUGUUGCAGGAAGUGGAUAGGUUCGAUAGGCUCUUGUCUGUGUUACAUAGAAGCCUACAGGAUCUGGAAAAAGCGAUUCAAGGUUUUGUAGUUAUGUCGGAAAGCUUGGAAACUAUCUAUCGCGCGUUUGAUAACAAUCAAGUACCUCUAGCCUGGCACUCGAAAGGAUAUCUUUCAACCAAGUCGCUUGCUAGCUGGGUAACUGAUUUGCAGCACCGGAUCGAGUACGUGAGGAAUUGGUGCAUAGAAGGACUACCACAAUCUUCGUGGAUAUGUGGAUUGUUUUUUCCACAGUCUUUCCUUACAGGCACUCUGCAGACGUACGCUCGGAAACAUAAUGUUCCUAUUGAUACACUAAGGUUCGAUUUCGAGGUCAUGAAUGUAACGUUGCAUCAGUCCGUAAUUUACGAAGAGCGAUCCAAAAAGGUAUUUUGUUUAAAUCUUUUCCUGAAUCUUAGCCCUCCGCAAGAUGGAAUAUUCAUCCACGGUCUCUUCAUUGAAGCUGGCCGAUGGGAUCCAAUAGAAGGAGGGCUCUGCGAUGCAAGACAUCGUGAACUAAUCGCUCAUUUACCUGUUGUCUGGUUGAAGCCGUCCACCGAGCUUGUUAUUGGUCGCAGAUACGAGGCUCCGUUGUACAAAACCAGUAUUCGAGCUGGUGUGUUAUCAACUACAGGCCAGUCCACGAAUUUCGUUCUAUCGGUUUUACUAGACUCGGACCAAUCUUCCGAUUACUGGAUAUUACGUGGAACCGCACUAGUAACAUUAAUAACAGAUUGA